ACUGGGCGGACCACAUCCAGAGUCCCAACAGCUUCCAGAAAGUCUCCUCUUCUCACCACCCAGACUUUUAAUCUAAGUCAGGACAUCUUUGGCAUCAUAGAGGUUUUACCACCAAGCUGGAAUAGCUGCUUUAGAUCUGUCUUUUGUCUCCCAUUCCGAAGUGUGUGUGUGUGUGUGUGUGUGUCUCUGUGUUGUGACUCGCGUGAGAGUCGCCACCGGUCUUUUUCUCCGGUCAGGAUGUCUGCAAUACAAGAGCUGCUGCUGCUGCCUCUGGCCCUCCUGGUGCUUCAAGCGUCUCUGUGCUACGGAGCCUGCGUGGAAGUGGACUCGGACACAGAGGCCGUGGCUAACGAAGGCUUCAAACUUGGCUGCAUUUCCUGCAAGAUGAGAAGUGAGGUGCCCGCCGCAGCCUCAGUCGACUGGCAAUUCAAGGCUUCAGAUGAGACCAACUUCACCCACUUAUACCACUAUGAAAAUGAACAACCCUCUAUCAUUGACCCACGUUUCUAUAAGCGCCUGGAAUGGAAUGGCACCAAGGGCAGCAAGGACCUGCAGGAUGGCUCUAUCUUCAUCCACAAUGUGACUUUCAAUGACACAGGAACCUACAAGUGCAUAUUCAGCCGCACCCUCAAGUAUCCCAACUACGAGGUUCCAACUGAACCCACCGUGACUAUCGUCAUGAAAGUGGUGCCACAAGUCACCAGGGGACUGGCAUCCAUCUUGUCUGAGGUGAUGAUGUAUGUGUCCAUCAUCGGGCUGCAGGUAUGGCUCGUAAUUGAGAUGAUUUACUGCUACAGGAAGAUUGCAGCGGCAGGAGAGGAAGCUUUGAGAGAGAGCGCGGCGGAGUAUUUAGCUGUAGCAUCGGAAAGUAAAGAUAAUUGUGCAGGUGUUCAAGUGGCAGAAUAGCAUUGUUGAGGAAUAAUUCAAGAAAGCUUCCUUGAGGAAUCUCACAUUGACACUUUCAUGCCCUCUCCUCUUACCGGCACUCACAUCCUGCCAUCCUUUCCACAUGAUGGAAAAAUCAAACCACACGAUGGAAGUUUUUUCAAGCGACUUUCCGCAGAAGGAUGGAAAGGACUGAAAUGUAUCCUGUUGUGAUUGUCAGGAGGGAUGCAUGAGGUCAUGGUCCAACGGGACAGAGGAAGAGGGUUGAACUGUAUAUGCACAGGUUAUUUUGUAUAGAUAUUAUAGGCCCACAUUGCAUAUACACUGUCUGCAUGCUUAUGAGCUAAUCAAAAUGACCAACAUCAUGCUUCUAAUGUUCAGUCAUGUUUUUAAGAGUUUUUAAUCAGUUGUGUCAUAUUUUAUUUCACACUGUGUGUAACCGAUAAGGGUUUUAUAAAGCCAACUAAAAGCUGUCAGUGUUCCCUCUGCUGGGUUUUCGAAGCUGUCGUGCACAUAAAAACAACUUUUAAUUAUACAUCAACAUUUGAAGCAAAAUAUAUAUACCUAUAUCCAAGUUGGUAAAAAAUAACCAAAGUUACCCUUUUGCACUACUGUAUUUUACCCAAACCACAUCAUUCUAAAUCGUCUAAACUAUGUUCCACUAAAUCCAUGAGGGUAUACUUUUAAUAUAUGAUUUAGGAGGGUAUUAGGAUCAAUAAAAACUAUGAAACGUUACUAUUGCAAUUUCUCCUGGGUUGGGCCCUUUUUUGAGUUAGAUUGACUGGACUGUCUGGAGAGUUUUGAGUUAUCUGCUUUCAACAGUCAUUAGUCAUCAUAAAUAGGUUAAACUUAUUAGAAAAGCAUAUAGCCAGUCACGUUUUUAAUGUUUCGGACUGGGAAAGCAACCGAGAUGAGCUCCUGUUUUUUAUUAACUUCUCAGACAACAGUAUGUUUUUUUUUUUU